CGGGACUUCAAGAGCUUCUGGCAAGCGUCUUCCUUUCACCUUCUUUAACCUCAAGUCGUUCUUUUUCUCUUUGCUUCCGGCAGUAUGGUCUGGACCACUCCCUCUCGUGCGCUCGGGGUGAUGCUGAGCUGCAUCGCCCUGCUCCCCGCGCCGGCCACCGCGGGUCACCAUCAGCACGACCACCUGCACCGGCGCCAGCACCAUCACCAGGGCUACAGCGUGGGGCCCCCGAUCUGGCAGACCAGGCCGCACGACAGCGAGACUGCUGCAGCGACCGUCGCAGAAGCCACGGCGAUCGAAUCCGUGAUCGAAUCCGUGAUCGCCUCCGCCACCGUCGCCGCAUCCUCCGCAGCAGCGGCAGCCUCUUCCGCCGCCGCCGCAGCGAUCAGCUCGCUGAAAGCCCAGGUCAUCAUUCCCUUUUACGUGUACCCGGACCCCGGCAAAUGGACUCCACUGUUGGACUUGGUUGCAUCCUUCCCCGACGUCCACUUCACCGUAAUCAUCAACCCGAGCAGCGGACCCGGCACCAGCACCCUCCCCGACGCAGCUUUCCUGACCGCCGUGCCGAGUCUAACUGCAAACUCCAACGUACUGGCGAUCGGCUACGUACCAACCCAGAAGGGCACGCGGGCGAUCGCCGACGUCGAGAAGGACAUCAACACGUACGCGAACUGGCCCAGCGCGUCGGGCAAUUCCUCCUUCGCGGUGCACGGCAUUUUCCUCGACGAGGCGCCCAACGCCUACAGCGCGGAUCUGGUCAGCUAUUACACGACGCUGUCGAAUCUCAUCAAGAGUAAAGACGGGCUUGGGCCGGAGAACUACGUGGUCACCAACCCCGGCACCCCCCCAGACAACGCCUACCUCGACCUGGCCGACAGCACGGUGGUCUUCGAGUCGCCCUACGCCUCCUUCCAGGACGCCAUCAGCGCCGGCACGUUCAGCAAGCUCAACGCCUCCAGCCACACCAAGCUGGCGUCCAUGGUCUACGGGGUCCCGGAUUCCGUGCACCUACCGACGCUGCUCACCCAGGUCGGGAAUAUUUCGGAACAGAUCUUCCUGGGCAAUACGAGCUCGUAUAUGGUGUAUGAUACGUAUAUGAAUUCGGUGGUGCCGGCCUUGUUGGAGUUGAUUUAAGGGGUUGUGAGCUGGGCUUGGGGGGUUGUGAGUGAGCUGCUGUGGCUGUGGCCGUGGCUGUGGUUUUCCCUACCGUUCUAUUCUCUCGUUACUUUCUUCGCUGUAUAUAUAUAUAUGUGUGUGUUGUGGAUCGAUAUGCAUUUCUUUGUGUCCUGGUGGCAUGGUAGUGGAUUGGGCAGAUUGAUGACGUUACGCUUGAAGAAUAGAAAGUUUAUGCUAUUGUCGUC